CCUAAAGGAGGCGGUGGGCGGGGCCUUCGCCGGGAUACGGCCGUCUGUCGGUCGGUGGGUUAAUUGCUGUGUGUGGGUUACCGGUUCUGGGACAAAUUCCCGGCAUAGAGACCGGGCAGAGCUAUGGCCGGACAGCAGUUCCAGUAUGAUGACAGUGGCAACACCUUUUUCUACUUCCUGACCUCCUUCGUGGGGUUGAUCGUGAUCCCGGCCACAUAUUACCUGUGGCCCCGGGACCAGAACUCGGAACAAAUUCGACUGAAAAAUAUAAGACACAUCUAUAGAAGUUGCUUAUGGUACCAGCUGAAGUCGAUCAAGCCUCAAAAAAAUAUAAUUCCUACUUUAAAGAAAAUAGUGCUUCUUAUGGGAUGGGCAUUAUUUCUUUUUCUUGCCUACAAGGUCUCCAAAACAAACAGAGAAUAUCAAGAAUACAACCCAUAUGAAGUGUUAAGUUUGGAUCCAGGUGCAACAGUGUCCGAAAUCAAGAAGCAGUAUCGUCUGUUAUCUCUGAAAUUCCACCCUGAUAAAGGAGGAGAUGAAGUAAUGUUUAUGAGAAUAGCGAAGGCCUAUGCAGCUUUAACAGAUGAACAAUCAAGAAAGAAUUGGGAAGAAUUUGGUAACCCGGAUGGUCCGCAAGCUACCACCUUUGGUAUUGCAUUGCCAGCCUGGAUAGUGGAUCAGAAAAAUUCUAUGCUGGUCUUGCUUGUAUAUGGGUUAGCCUUCAUGGUCAUUCUUCCAGUUGUUGUGGGUUCUUGGUGGUACAAAUCUAUACGCUACAGUGGAGACCAGAUCCUUAUUCGCACUACCCAGAUAUAUACCUAUUUUGUAUAUAAAACUCGGAAUAUGGAUAUGAAACGUCUCAUCAUGGUUCUGGCAGGGGCAUCAGAAUUUGACCCUCAGUAUAACAAAGAUGCUACAAGUAGGCCAGCAGAUAAUGUGCAGAUACCUCAGCUGAUCCGAGAAAUUGGGAGCAUCAAUCUGAAAAAGAAUGAGCCUCCGCUCACCUGUCCAUAUAGUCUGAAGGCUAGAGUUCUGAUAUUAGCUCAUCUUUCAAGAAUGCAAAUUCCUGAGACUUUGAAAGAGGAUCAGCAGUUUAUGCUGAAAAAAUGCCCUGCUUUGCUUCAGGAAAUGGUUAAUGUCAUAUGUCAGCUGAUAAUUAUGGCUCGUAACCGUGAAGAAAGGGAGCUGAGACCUCCAUCUUUGGCAUCUCUGGAGAAUUGUAUGAAACUUUGUCAGAUGACAGUACAGGGUCUGCAGCAGUUCAAGUCCCCACUUCUGCAGCUGCCUUUUAUUGAAGAGGACCAUCUGCGCAGGGUGUUAAAUCACAAGAAGUUUAAAAUUAAGUCAAUUAGGGACCUGGUCAGUAUGAAGGAGUCCGACCGUCGCCUUUUGUUCAGCUUCCUUGAGGAUAAUAAUUAUGAAGAGUUGCAUGCUGUUCUUGGCAGUUUUCCACAUAUCAUCGUGGAGAUAAAGCCCCAAGUUCUAGACGAUGAAGAUAGCAAUAAUAUUACAGUCGGAUCACUUGUCACGGUCCAGGUCACAUUAAAAAGACAAACAAUGUCUGAAGUCUUUGAAAAAGAACAAUCCACAUGUUCAGCGGAAGAUCAGCCUGUAGAAGAAGGAAAUCAAGGAGAGGUCAGAAAAAAGGAAAGCAAAGGCUGGCAGCAAAAAAAUAAACCUGCCAAAAAGUCUUCCAAAGCAAAGAAAAAGAAGCCAUUGAAAAAGAAAGCAACUCCAUUGCCACCACAAAAACAAAUCAAACAGAAACAAGCAAAUGGUGUUGUUGGAAAUGAUAUUACAUCAAAAGAUGACGAUGAAGAGAUGUCUGAUAAAGGUAGUGACUCUGAAGAUGAAGAUACAAACCGGGAUUCACAAAGUGAUGGAAGUGACAAAGAUUCUGACAGAGAAACAGAUGAGAAACAUGGCAAAGAUGAUGAGGCUGAAUGGCAAGAGUUACAACAAAGCAUACAGCGUAAAGAUAGAGCACUUCUGGAAACCAAAUCAAAGAUUACACACCCUGUUUACAGCUUAUUCUUUCCGGAGGAAAAGCAGGAAUGGUGGUGGAUUUACAUAGCAGAUAGAAAGGAUAAAACGUUAAUAUCUACACCCUAUCAUGUAUGUACCCUUAAGGAUCAGGAAGAGGUGGAGCUGAAGUUUCCUGCACCCAGCAAACCAGGCAAUUAUCAGUACACUGUGUUCUUACGAUCAGAUUCGUAUAUGGGUUUGGAUCAGAUUCAACCACUGAAGUUGGAGGUUCAUGAAGCUAAACCAAUACCAGAAAAUCACCCACAAUGGGAUACAACCAUAGAGGGUGAUGAUGACCAAGGAGAUAGUGAUGGCUUUGAAGAAAGUUAUGAAGAGGAAGAGGAAGAUGAUGAAGAAGAUUAAAGAGAUGUUGAAAUGGACUUAAAUAAAAUUUCACAUGGUUAUCAUUCUGAUAUCGGAGCUACUCCAUUUGCCAGAGCCACCUUGUAGACAUUUUUAAGGAAGUUGAAUUUUUUUAGUUUCUAUCUUUACAAAUCCAAGUGCUUUGUGUAUUUUGCCACCAGAGGUCAACCAAACCUUUGCCAUUUGUACUACCUUAAGAAUGCCCCGUGGCCUGCUAAAGCCAUCAGGUACAGAGUGCUGCAUAAACAAGUAAAUAAAGCUUUUUAUUAAAUGAA